CUAGAGUACGCGUGGGUCACUUUAGCAACCAACGAUUCCUACUCGCUGGGAGCCCUUGUUGUUGCUCACUCACUGAAACGUGUCCAUACUGUGCAUCAAAUGGCCGUACUCAUUACGCCUGGAGUAUCGGAAGCAAUGAAAACAAAACUGCGUGCUGUUUUCAACGUAGUAGAAGAAGUCAAUCUACUAGAUUCGAAGGAUGCAGCGAAUCUAGCACUCCUAAAGCGUCCAGAACUGGGCGUUACGUUCACGAAAUUGCACUGCUGGCGUCUUACGCAGUUUGAAAAAUGCGUUUUUCUCGAUGCGGACACGCUUGUUUUGCGCAAUAGUGACGAACUGUUCGAGCGCGAAGAACUGUCGGCUGCACCGGAUAUUGGCUGGCCGGAUUGUUUCAACUCGGGCGUGUACGUGUUUAGACCCAAUCUGGAGACUUUCUCCAGUUUGCUGCAAUAUGCGGUGACGCACGGAAGCUUCGAUGGCGGGGAUCAAGGAUUGCUGAAUGCCUACUUCUCUGACUGGGCCCACAAGGAUAUUCAAAAGCACUUACCCUUCAUUUACAACACGUCCUCGGUAGCGACGUACUCUUACUUGCCUGCAUUUAAACAGUUUGGACAAAAUACCAAAAUUCUUCAUUUCAUCGGCACUGUCAAACCAUGGCUGCAGAACUUCAACUCUGAAACACGUAAAGUGUAUGUGCCUUCAGAGUAUCAGCAUCUGGCGAACUUUCUUCAGUACUGGUGGGACAUCUUUGCCGAAGAUGUCCAUUCAAGGCUGAGCCCAGACAUGCAACGAGCUUUAGCUCACUGGAUUAAACCUUUGCACAAGGUUAGUGUUAAUCAAUCUCGUUCAACGCCCUUGAGUACAGUCUAUUUUACUCAUGAAGCAGAUAAUGAUAGUCAGAUGUUAUGUUGGCAAUAUCAAGACAAUUACCAAGAGCACCACCACCAGCACCAGCAGCAGCAAAGAGAAGGGUUUGUCGUUUCGUAUGAUCCGGAAACGGGUUAUAAAGAUCCCUGGGAGGAUUACCUGCAGAGACAGGAGCGUGAGAAAGUGUUGCGCAAGCAAGAGGAGGAACGAUUGUACUUCCAAUAUUUGAACGAACUACGCGCACAAGAACAUAGAAGCCGCACACAGUAUGAACUAUCACUCGUAAAUACACAACAUGAACACCAUGAACAGUCGCCAUAUCAUGAUAUACCACAUUAUGCUGCACAACAACAGCAUCAGGAUCCGCACAGGGGUGCUGAUGGUGGUCAUACAGAGCGUGGCCACCAUCAUGAUCAUCAUGAUACCAAUGCUUUCCAGCGUACAGACCAGUGGGUCGAUAGAAUGGUUCAACAGCAUCAAGAAAACGUAGGUCACUGGGAAAAACAUUCUGGGGAAAUGGUGUUCGCUGUUCGGCAACAGGAAUCACCCCACUUCAGAACGGUUGACCACAAUGCUGGUAAUAAUGCGAGCAACAGAGUAAUACUGCCAGAUUCAAACAAUAACAUCACAGUUGGUGACAGUGCUAGUAACGCCAAUGCCGGCAGUAAGAGUACUGAUUUGGAACAGCACAAAACGUAUCCUCCGAGUUCCUCCUCCCAGCAGGAACCAACCAACCAACAGAAACCAAGCCAAAGCGAGAGGGAAUCUGACGCUGGUGGUAAUGUUGGGGAUGUGAGUGGUCUUGCGGGAGCAUUGGCUCAGUUGCAUCUUGGUGAGGCGAAAUCAAAAGAACAAGAAGCCUACGAAGAGCACAUGAGACGCCAAUGUUGGGAAACAGGUAACAUCGAUUAUAUGGGUCGAGAUUCGUUCGAAAACAUUUGGAAACGCAUUCAACAAACCCUCAACUCCGGGGCCGGCUCGGGUGCCGAAGAUAAGGCGGAGUCUUCCUCCGCCGUGGAGACUGUAUCCCCCGCUCCAACACAACGCACUAGUCGCCGUCCAUCGCGAUCACGCUCUGCGACACCGAAAAGGGAUCCGAAAGAUCGGUCGCCUACGCCGCAACCGGAAGAUAAAAAACCUGUCGAUAAAAAGGAAGUACUAGUCGUCCCGCCGCCGAUCAUUGCGGAGGAAGACGACGUUGCUAUCAGUUUAUCAUCGAUCGAAAGUACCCAUGCGAUGCGAACCCAAGCAAAGCUGCCGCCACCAAUUCAGUACGAUCCGACUACCAAUACGACAACAUUGACCAAGAAAGUCUUUGCAGGUUAUCGGCAGAUUAUAACGACGAAGAGUCCAGAAGGCAAAACCCGUACGCACGAGAAACUCGUCUACGAUCCGUCGAUCGAAGAUGAUCGUGAAAAGUCGGACAGAGAAGUUGAUCAACGGUCUACCGCGCUAGAUGCUUCUCAGAAGAUUUUGAAGCAAGACGUCGUAGAUGGUGCUGCGUCUACUACUGCCACACCUCCGCUAGCGAGAGUGGACGCGAAAGAACAGUCCCAGAAGCAAGCUGGCACAAGUGAAAAGGUGCCACCAAAGAGAGAAAGGCAGAUGCCAAGCACUGCCCCGGAAGCCAGUAGUAACGUCAGCGCUUAUCAACCGACGAUUCCCAAAUCCACUCCAAAGCCUGUAGCCACACCUGCGGCACCAGCGCCAGCCCAGCAACAGGUGGCACAGGAAUCGAUUGCAGGUAAACCGAAUGCAUUGGCGGACACAAAGCAACCGGUCAAAGCAUUGCGCAAAAAACGACACAUCUCUCCACAGUCGCGACCACAGCAAACUACUACAAAUGCCGCGUCGACCACUCAAGCGCCAGGAAAGCCAUCCCCAUCAUCAUCUUCAUCAUCCUUAACGUCUGCUUCGCGCAAUGACCACCCGGCUAACCAAAAGGCUUCCGUCGUCACUGCCAUUUCGUCCGCCAUCGGAUCGCCUUCACCGACAGUAUCGUCCAGCAUGGCAAAGACGAGUUACAGUCCGAUCACACCGCACACGUCCACCGCUUUAGGUGAUGAGAAAGUGUCGCCAAUUUUAACACCACCAUCACCAGACAUGACGCUUCCAUCUGUACAGCAACAAUCAUCAUCACCACCUCAGCUUAACACGCAGCCUUCUGCUCAAACGAAACAGACUCAGCCUGUUGCGGAGGGUGUUAGAGUUGGUUCGCCACCAGUGCCUCCACGCCGCAAGCGUGAGUCAAGAGCUACCAAGUUAGAAAAGACAAAAAAAUCAAAACUUGUUCAAUUGUUACUAUCUUGUAUUUCUUGUUCGAAGAAAAAACGAUGA